CGGAAGUGACGCUAACAAGGAGCGCCGAGCUGCCGUGCUGGUGAGUUGCGCCCAUGUGGAGCUGAGCCCUUGGGGCUACCUGCCAUGGCUGCGAGCGGAUCUUCGGUGCCGCCUCAGGCAGUGACGCCAGCGGUGGCCUCUGGCGGAGGGACUGGAGCCCCGGAGGGAGUCGGGGAAUGGCUGCGGGGCGCCUACCGCUUUGCCACCGACAGGAACGACUUCCGGAGGAAUUUGAUCGUUAAUUUGGGACUCUUUGCUGCUGGUGUUUGGCUGGCUAGGAACCUAAGUGACAUUGACUUGAUGGCACCCCAGCCAGGACUGUAGCACAGCUGAUGUAACUAGUGACUUCAUUUCUAAUACUGCCUUUCGUGAUCUGAAUGCAGUUUCUUGGAAGCUCUCCAACCUGCAGCUAUGACCAUGACAUGACCAUCAGAAGAUCUGCUUUGACUGGCUACCACGGAUCUGAUUAAGACUUGCUACAUUCCCUUCUGUAGAUAUCUUUCUUCCUUGGUCAGUCUAUGGUCAGUCAGAGCUUGUCACUACUUAGGCAUGGUGUGAGGUAUAUUGCCUUUGCUCCAUAUAUUGUAUAAAUCUUCAAAAUCCUUGCAGGUUGGGCAGAUGCCCAACAAGGAGUGUGUUGCAAGUGGCAUUUGCUGUUCUCUUCGAUUAUACAAAGAUUUUUUUUCUCCUAAAAUGUUUGAAAUAAAGACAGUCAACAAA